AUGAAUUUACAGAAGCUUAUUUCUACUAGAGAGGGCCAGCGACGUCUUAUUUCUAGACAACUGGAGAAAUUUAACGACGAGUUGUCACAUUCGGAGAAGUCAGCCCUACUCGAAAUCAUGGAAGAAAAAGCCGAGAUUAUCAAGAAUCUCAACGAUAAGAUUGUUAAUCAUGCAGAUAUUGACGAUUUGGAAACAGAAUUGGUAGAGAGUGACGAAUAUUCUAUUGAUUUACGUUUGAAACUACGAAAACUGAAGGAAGAUAUCACCAAAUCUAAUUACACUGGCAGCGGCAGCGUGAUCCGUAAUUCACAGGACAUUAACGGUAGUGCUAGAACUUUAUCAAGUGAGAACUUUUCUAAUCACAGCCACAGAGUGUCGUCUGAUAAUUCAUCUUUUCACAGACUACCUAAACUGAGUUUACCUACGUUUGAUGGAGAUGUUGAAAAAUGGCAGUCAUUCUGGGACUCGUAUGAGGCUGCUGUACAUUUGAACCAAACACUAUCUGAUGUCCAAAAGUUCAACUAUUUACGUUCCUUACUACAAGACGCUGCAUAUACCGCCAUAGCAGGUUUUCCAUUAACUAACGGAAAUUACCAGAAUGCAAUAGAUUUGUUACAAGAACGAUUCGGACAGUCUCAUAAAAUAAUAGAUAGUUACAUGCAGUCGCUUUUAGAUUUGCCGAUACCAGAUAACAGUGUAACGAGUCUACGCAGGUUUCACGACAAAAUGGAAAACUACAUCCGGGGUUUAGAAUCUUUAGGUGAGAGUCAGGGUUCCUAUGGUGAUUUAUUGAUACCCAUAAUCAUGAAAAAACUUCCCUCCGAAGUACGACGAAAUUUAGCACGAGAACACGGAAAUGUACGAUGGCAUAUACAAGAUUUGAGAACUUCUAUCGCCAGAGAAAUAAACAUCCUAGAAAUGGGCAUAACUGACGAAAUAAGAGAAUCACACUUGCCGACGGCAUCAUUAUUCACCGGAACCGGAAAGAAAAAAUACCCAUCUAAGAAAUUUUCGCACACAAGAGAUAAUGAUAGGGGAAAUACAGGAACUGCCAUUCUUCAUUCAACGACGCAUGAAAGAUCGAACAUUCUACUCAAGACUGCUAUCGCUCAAGUAAGCUCCCAAGACCAUACCAUAACUAAUACAAACAUAUUAUUUGACGAAGGUGCUCAAAGGUCAUUUAUUACGGAAGAGCUUGCUGAGAAACUGAAAUUAAAACCCAACGGUUCAGACACUAUAUCAUUAGCAUCUUUUGGUGGCAAAUCAGAACAGUGUCGUCAUAUACCCACAGGCAGAGUGUUUCUACACGUCGAACAUAGAGAGAUAAUACCAAUUGACGUACUUAUUGUACCAACCAUUGCUGUACCAUUACCUAACUUGCAGAGAAAUGUGAAAUGUUUGAAAUAUAUCGAAGGUCUUAAACUUGCACAUCCUAUUACCGACACUGACGACGAUUUCGAGAUAUCACUCUUGAUUGGAGCCGACUAUUUUUGGCAAAUCGUGCAGAAUAAGGUUGUUAGGGGCAACGGACCUACGGCAGUGAAAUCAAAGAUCGGUUAUUUACUGUCAGGACCUCUUCCGGAAGUUAAAAAUGCGUCGUCUGUUAGCUAUAUGUUUAAUGUUGUAACAGCGCCACCUAAUGCCACAGAUCUUGAGAGAUUCUGGAAGUUAGAAUCUAUGGGGAUAUUAGAAGAUGAUACUGAGAAAUCUACUUCUGGUAUACUUAACGAGUAUAAAGAAAACUGUAUCACGUACAAAGAUGGACGUUAUGUUGCAAAACUGCCCUGGAAAGAAGAUCAUUCCGUACUUCCUACAAAUUACGAAAUUUGCAGAAAGCGUACAGAAAACACAAUUAAACGGCUUUCAACAGAACCGGAUAUACUUAAAAACUAUGGACAAAUCAUAGAAGAUCAGUUAAAACGCGGUUUUAUUGAAAAAUGUGAUAAAAAUGUUACCACACCAAACCCUGUACAUUAUAUUCCACAUCAUUAUGUAAAGAAGGACUCGAACACGACACCUAUCCGCAUCGUGUAUGACUGCAGUUGUAAGUCACGUGACCAGCCUAGUCUGAACGAUUGCUUGAUGUCAACACCACCUGAACUGAAUGAUUUAACUGGAAUUCUUAUUCGUUUUCGAAUGAAUAAAUACGCCAUAGCAACCGAUAUUGAGAAAGCUUUCCUCAACAUUACUCUUGACGAGAACGACCGAGAUGUGACGCGAUUUCUAUGGCUCAGUGAUCCUAGUAACCCCAACAGCGAAUUGACAACAUAUAGAUUCCGAGCAGUCCUUUUUGGGGCUACGUCGUCCCCUUUUAUUCUCUGUGCAACAAUACUUAAGCACCUUGAACUUAACAACGACAAGAAAGCUAGCGAAUACCUACGUCAAGAUCUAUACGUUGAUAACGUGAUAUCAAGUUUCCAACAGGAAGAACAACUUCUACAAUUCUACACCGAGUCUCGUGAGCUAAUGUCAUCUGCAGGUUUUAACCUUAGGUCCUGGAGUUCAAACAGUAAAAUGCUUCAAAAACAAGCAAUCAACGAUUCAGUAAUAGAUAAUGCACAAACUCCUAAGAUACUUGGAAUGAAAUGGGACACAAAUAGUGACGUUUUACUGUAUCCGGUCAGAAACAUACCAAAUACCCAGAUUGUAACAAAGAGAGAAAUAUUGCAGCAUACAUCUCGAAUCUAUGAUCCCUUGGGUUUACUAAGUCCAGUUACCAUCAGAGCUAAAUUACUUCUACAGGAGUUAUGGCAACAGAAGUUUGAAUGGGAUAUGCCAUUACCUGACAGUAUUCAAGAAAAAUGUCAUAGUUUAAUAACAGAUUUGAAUUCCGUGACAAAAACUACGUUUCCUAGAUACUACUUCGAAAAUACAUUAAACGCAUCAAGAAACACGUGCAUUCACAUAUUUUGCGACGCUAGCUUGGUAUCGUAUGGUGCUACGGCUUACAUCUGUAGAGACAACCAAUCUACUCUUGUAAUGGCUAAAACUCGGGUUGCUCCAUUGAAGAAGUUAACAUUACCAAGGUUAGAGCUAAUGGCGGCAGUAAUUGGAUCCCGACUCAGUAAACACCUGCAGCAAAACACCAGCAUAACACAGAUAUACCUUUGGUCAGAUAGCCAGAUUGUGCUUUCUUGGCUUCAGACGCCUAAAACCCUUCCGCGAUUUGUAAGAAACAGAGUGAUUGAAAUCCACGUGCAGUCCGAAAACCGGAAAUGGAAUUAUUGUCCGACGAAAGAAAACCCUGCCGAUUUACUUACGAGGGGUAUCUCUGUGACUCACUUCAAGAACAGUAAUCUAUGGUUUCAUGGACCUACAUGGCUUACCACACCUGACAGUUGGCCAGUUUGGCAAGAAAAAGAUAUUUACGUUACCAUGACAACGUUUAUUGACCCAGCAACCAAGCCAAAAGAUACAAUUUUACCAUUAAGCAAUAUCAGUUUCAUAGACAUGUCAAGAUUCAGUUCCUUAAGAAAGCUGCUCAGGGUUACAGCUUAUGUCCUGCGUUUUAUAUUCAAGUGUCGAGGCGGGAGUCAUACUGGAAGAUUGGACUUGUUAACUACAGACGAACUACGCAGAGCUGAGGAGAUGUGCAUACGGAGUUGCCAGAUGUCCAAAUAUCAAGCAGAAAUAGAAGAUACAAAAUCAAAAAGAAACAAACUUCCAUUAUGUAGACAACUUCAGUUAUUCUUAGACAAUGGCAUAUUAAAGUGUCGUGGUCGUAUCCACAAUGCUCCAUUAGACGUUAUUGGGAAACCCUAUUCAGCACCUGACCCACCUCCAUUACCAAAGUGUAGAGUUUCUGACGUCAAACCCUUUACUUAUACAGGAGUAGACUUCUCUGGAGCAUUACUGGUUCGGGAUAGUAACAAAAGAGACAUAAAAGCUUACUUAUGCUUGUUUACAUGUGCUACUACGAGAGCAGUUCACCUAGAACUUGUUUCAAACCUAUCAACAGAAUCAUUCCUACAAGCUUUCCGACGUUUCUGUAGCAGAAAAUCUGUCCCUUACGUCAUGAUGUCAGACAACGCUAACACCUUCAUAUCAGCCUCAAAACAACUAAGAGAUUUGUUUCACUCACUCACAGUUAGAGAAGAACUCAACAACAGAGGAAUUGAGUGGAAGAUGAUACCUAAACGAGCCCCUUGGUUUGGUGGAAUGUGGGAACGUCUCAUAGGUCUGACGAAAACAACAAUAAAGAAAGUGCUAGGACGUUCCUAUGUAACCUACGAAACUUUACAGACUGUAAUCACAGAAAUCGAGGCAAUGAUUAACGAUAGGCCGUUGACAUAUGUGUGUUCUGGUAAUUCAGAUGAACUGGAAGUACUUACACCAUCACACUUACUUUAUGGCAGACGAAUAACCAAACUCCCUUAUGAAGAUGUCCUUUCAUGUACAUUCCCAACGCCAAGUGACCGUUCGUCAGUUAUCAAACAGGCUACAAUACAAACGAAGUUAAUCAACCACUUCCGGGAUAGAUGGCGUCACGAAUAUCUGACAGCUUUACGAGAACGUCAUCAGACUACUGGCAAAAAUGACCAGACGAUAUCCGUUGGAGACGUUGUAUUAGUCCACGACGAUGUUCCCCGCUUAUUAUGGAAACUUGCUGUAGUUGAAGAACUCGUGCCAGGAAAAGAUGGACUUAUUCGAAGUGCUAAAAUUCGAACUCAAAAUGGACUCACAAAUCGCGCAAUUGUAAAACUUUACCCCCUCGAAAUGUAUUAA